CAGGCUUUUCAUUUUCAGCAAGAAGCAACGCGCUACGCUCCGGGAAAACAGUGUCGAUAGUUUAACGAGGCGCCCUAAGAGUUCGUAGGUUAAUCGCACCGCGCUACCUCUCAAGUUGCCGCCAUUAUUCGCCGUUUGUCACGCGUGGAUUCCACCGACCGCACACCUUCCGUACAAGGAUAAAAACCGCACGAGGCCGGCACCGGUGGUGAUUCCAGUUCAGCCGUACGUGGAUUGGAACGCAUCGAAAAUGAUGGAAAUGCACAUGCAAAUGGAGCCCCAUGAAAAUCUGGUCCAACUGAUACAGCACAGUGAUGAUCCACCGGCCGGAAGGGCGCCAACGAAGGUUGCCGGAAAGAAGGCUUCGCGCAAGAAAACGCCCAAAACGGUGACUUCACCCAUGGCUGGCGCUGCCGCUGGUGUGCCGCUGGACGAGGCGUUGCGCACGGAAAUCAACACAAACAUGAAAACGCCGAUAUCGGUCCUGCAGGAACUGCUGAGCCGCCGUGGUAUAACGCCGCAUUACGAUCUGAUACAGGUGGAGGGGGCCGUGCACGAGCCCACCUUCCGCUACCGUGUCUCGUAUCAGGACAAGGAUGCAAUGGCAACGGGAAAGUCCAAGAAGGAAGCGAAACAUGCCGCUGCCAGGGCUCUGAUCGAUAAGUUAACCGGUUUCAACGAGCAGCAUCAACCGAUCCACCUUAGCGUUAAACAUGAACAGAAUCUUAAUAAUCAAAGUACAAUGAGUGCCACGGAGGAGGAACCGACGGGCAAUCCGAUCGGGUGGUUGCAGGAGAUGUGCAUGGCUCGCCGUUGGCCACCACCGAUGUAUGAGACGGAGAUGGAGGUCGGUUUGCCUCACGAGCGCCAGUUUACGAUUGCCUGCGUCGUGCUAAAGUUCCGCGAAGUAGGCGAAGGAAAGAGCAAAAAGGUUGCUAAGCGGCAGGCCGCUCAAAAGAUGUGGCAACGGUUGCAGGAUCAGCCGCUGGAACAGAACCACGUGAUGCAGCUGAUCGACGAGGAUGGCAAUGAGGAGAUGCGACCGAACGGCAUUGCUGGCCGCUAUGCAGGGCUGAAAAAUGCCAAUAUCCCGAGUCUCACGACGGCCCAGGGUCAAAAGGUGUCCCAGUUUCAUAAAUCGCUGAAAUCGCGUGCUGGUGAAGCGCUCAACCUGCUACAGCACACAAGCCUGGGUGACGGGUCGAUUGAUUUCAUUCUGCUGCUGGAAAGAAUCGCUAACGAGCAGCGCUUCGAGGUGACGUACGUCGACAUCGACGAGAAAACGAACAGCGGCCAGUAUCAAUGUUUGGUGCAGCUGUCUACGAUGCCGGUUGCGGUUUGUCAUGGUACCGGACCGACCGUGCGCGACGCCCAGCUACUAGCAGCCCGCAACUCACUCGAGUAUCUGAAGAUUAUGACUAAAUCCUAAAUAACGGCUAUUAAGGGGGCCCCCUUUUAUGCAGAAACACGGAACAGCGGAACGGUGUUUGAAUUUUUGUACGAAUAAUGCGCGCUUACUACACACGCUCCUCCCGUAAAAUCGUAAACACCUUCACCCGCUUGAUGUGUGGUGGAAGGAUGUGAAGUCGAAGGAGGAAAGAUAGAGAAAGUACAGAAUGCGCCAGAUCGUGAAUGGGGUAAAGUGCGCCUUCGCAAACGGCACAGCCAGAUUGCGCAUUGAUCCUUCCAUUUGGGUAGCUAUUUGAGAAGAAGAAGAGGAUGGAUGGGCAGAAUGGAACAGCGCGCAGCAUAUUGCGAUGGUACACUCACGGGUGGCACACAUUUUUACUCUUCAUAGUUGUUCAAAGCGUUUUUCAUUAUCCAAUAGGUUUACUAUUUAAAUUUAAAUCUAAAAGAUGCUUAAUUUUCGUUCACCAACUUAUGAAAGGCAUCGAGAGUUCCUAAAUUCUUAACUUAUCCAGCGCUUAUAGCUUAUCGAGACGAUGUGUGUGAAAAUGUGUGUUAACCGUUCACCGGCAGUACCGGAUCUCCGAUGCGAGCUGCUUUAAUCACAGAAAGCGAACCGGAGCGAGCGAUAAUUUGUUCGACAAUUGUGCUCGCGAGUUCUCAAACUCCUAACCACGGCCAAUGGUAUCGUCGUACAAGCUAUACUUUGCAUGGAACUAGUGGAUUUUAUUUUCCCCAAACCGAACGGUCCCGAAAACGGAGACGUAUUCAUCAAUUCUUACAUAUUUAUAAUCGAACGAUCAUGAUGCGGAGCGUGUGCAAAAAUGCGAUUCUUACCAGCGCGAAGGGUGGUAAAGUGUAACAGACAGGCGUCUAUAAUGAUAUUUUUGUGUUACAACUAUUCAACGGAUCGGCGCCCUGCUUAUGGUAGUUAGGUGGGGACGCAAGCAGGAAUAGUUUCUUUAUAUGCAUCAUCUUUCCAUUGAAAUUUUUCACUAGCUCCUAUUAUAGGCUACUAGAGUAUUUAGUGUGUUUGUGUGAAUGCGCCAGAACUGCAUUAUUACGGAUUAUUUUCAUUUUCUUCUACUUCUAUGCACAAACUCUUAAUUCCCGCAUCAAGUAUAUUUUUUAUUCCAUUGGCUAUAAAGUCGCCUACCAUUUUCUAGCUCAACAAUUUCUUAGAUUAACCGAUGCUACGUUGAAAAGGUGAAACACAAAAGCAGACACUUAACCAAACAUAUUACGGGAAGCAGACUAGAGCGGGAAGCUUUGUGUGGUUAAAAUACUACUUAUCUAUUAUUAAUGGCAUUUUAUCUACACAAAACUAGCAUUGCCGAUCUGUCUAUGGAAAGGUAAAACGAAUGAAAGCAUACACACCCACACAAAUUCCCACCCCCGUCAACAUAUUUAAUACUAUUAGUACAUUGGACAACGGCGGUGCUUCUGCAUCAUGUCCCCUUGCGUGUAGGAAGGAAAAUUGGGCAUUAAUUUAGUGCAAAGUAUAGAGGUUGUAACACUAUGAUUGGAAACAAUAAAAGACAAUUCAUUUGUCAGCAUCA